AUGCAUCGGAUUAGGAUUGAAGAGGAUGCAAAGCCAGUACGUCAGCCGCAAAGGAGGUUGAACCCGAUGAUGAUGGAGGUGGUGAAAAGUGAAAUACUCAAACUUCUCGAUAUGGGGAUAAUUUUUGCUAUUUCCGACAGUCAGUGGGUUAGCCCGGUGCAAGUAGUCCCUAAGAAAGCUAGAAUAACGGUAGAAACAAACCAUGAAGGUGAGCUUGUUCCAAUUCGCAAGCCUACCGGAUGGCGUCAGUGCAUAGACUACUGCAAGCUCAAUGCAGUGACUAAAAAGAACUACUACCUUCUUCCCUUUAUUGAUCAGAUGAUUGAAAGAUUAGCUUGUCGAACUUACUAUUAUUUUUUAGAUGAUUUUCAGGUUACUUUCAGAUUGCCAUAG